CGACCUUGCCGCAUACCUCCCAACGACGGACAACCUCGAGCCUGCAAUUCAGCUUGACCACGACAGCACGCUGUUUCUGCCAGCAUGUCUUUCCUCAGAACAACGAGCUCGGUGUGCUUCCGCGCAGGCAAGGCUGUCAGGCCUGUUAAUGCUCGCUUUUUCGCUUCCAGCCCCGUGACUCGCGAUGCACCGGUCAAGACUAGCCCUGCCGAUGCCCCAACCACUCCCUUGAAGGAGAGCUCUCUCGCCAAAAAAGAGAGCCCGUCGGAGGCAAUGGCUCGUCAUCAGCCCGACUAUGAGGCCCAUAUCGACCACGCCACCUCGAACUUUUCCCCUGUCCCCAAGCGCGUGAUGGAUGGCAGCGAACCCGGGGACAGUGUUCCUGCUGCUGUCUUGUCCGGUGCUCCUGUCGAUUUGCAGGCCCGUACAGUCCGCAUCUACCGCCCUACGAAGCCUGCGACCCAAUCUGGAACCUGGCAUGGCCACCACUGGCGGAUGGACUGGGACAUUCUGCAGAAGGGUCACCGAUGGGAGAACCAGCUGAUGGGAUGGCAAUCGUCCGCCGAUAGCAUGCAGGGAACCCAUCUGAACUUCAAAUCCAAGGAGGACGCCAUCCUGUUUGCCCAAAAGCAGGGAUAUGAAUAUUUUGUCCAGGAGCCGAACGAGCGCAGAUUCGUUCCCAAGGCCUACGCGAACAACUUCGUCCACGAGUCCAAGAAGCUCAAGAUCAUCAGGACGAAAUAAACCCUGUUCCCUUGUCCUUAUGUCAUG